UCUAUUGGGAAAGAGAAGAUGUAGAGCAAACAGGGACUUUAUGACCGUUUGGCUGCCUCUAUAUCUGGUCUGUGCAACAAAUGGUCUUUCAAAAACAACACCAGCCACAACGAGAGAGGACAUAAGAAACUAUCAUCAAAAGGCACUGAGGCUGUGCUAUACAUCAUGCAUCAGUCCAAAGCUAUAGCUGUCUGUCUGAUUCUUCUCCUUGGCAGUGCACUGACUGAAGUUGGUGCUAAGGCCAUCUCAAAAAGGCAUGUCCGUCGUGACUGGUUGAUCUUGCCUGAUGCUGUUGCCUUUUAUGUGUAUGAGUCUGUGAACAAAAUAUCCCCCAAAACUGCAGAACUGUUGGCAAGAGCUGUCCAGGUUCCAUUCAUUCUUGAUACAAGGAACUUCCUGAUACAGGAGACAGCUAAAAUCAGUGUGAAAGCUGAAGAAGCAAUGGGAAAAUUUAUGGAGAAAAUAUCUGGCUUCUGGCAACAGCAGGAGAAAGAGCCAGCACAGCAAUAAGACCAAAUCAAAGGGCGACUCUCACCUGCCCUAAGCAUUCAUCUUGAGAAAUCAAUGGGGUGAACUUCUUGAUCUGCCACUAGAGGGAGACAGCACCCCAGCUUCGGACAGCUCCAAAUAGACUAAUUUAUUCAAUCUUCCCAUGAAAGUGCAAUCUAGUGCUUCACACGUGAUGUUUUCCCUACAAAAGGCUUGCAUGACAUGCCAUGCAAAUAAUUUUGUUGUCCAAUCUGUGCAUUCAUAGCAAAAUACACAUUGCCUGCUACUUCA